ACUUGUGGCUGAAAUGCUUCCAGGAUUCAACCCCUAUCCCUCUCAACAAUCAGAGGAAACCUUGAACAGACCACCAACUCCUUUGCCCAUCCAGGACAUCUGUGAACUGGAGCCUCUCACUGAUGUGGAGACGGAGUGUGCUGUUCAGGCCCUGCGCAGACAGGAUUCAUUGUUUAAUACUCACAUUUCCAGCCUUAUUACAGGUCCUCUUUCCUUUGGCCCUGCCAGCCCAUCAGCAGGAGUUCAGUCACCCCCCCCAUGUCCAGCCACUCCACCUGUUGACAUCCAGGCUCUCCCUCCUACAGACUGCCAGUUUCCCGAUAUCCAGCCUCAUGCUUCAAGCCCAGCCAUGCCUGUAUUGGAUGUUGAACCACAAACCCAUGCCUCAGCCAGCCAGCAGCUGUCCCUCUGUCCUGGGACCCCAUGUCCGUCCCCUGACCCCUACUCCCUGCCCCCAGCCCUCAGCCCACAACUCCCUUAUUCCUCCUACAUCCUGCACAGCCCCUACUCAGAGCCCCCUGUCCUCAGUCCUCAACCGUGCAUUACAGAGGAAGCUGUGGAAGGACUCAUUUGUGAAAUGGACACAGCAGAGACUUUGUCUGAGUCUGUCUCAGCUGUCGUAGCUCCUCUCCUCAUCCCACGUCUUCCGUCUGUGGCUGUAACAAAUGCAGAAGACGUGAAGGGAUCAAACCAAGAUGAUCUUCUAGUAUUCAGUAAGAUCAUAUGCUCUAGCAAUGUUUUAAAGUGUGAUAAACUGAUUACACAUAGAUCCCGAUCCCUGCCUCGACAGUCAGUUACAACGCCAAACCCCAAAAAACGCUGUCGAUCAGCCAGCCCUGAAUGCAGCCACAGCAAAAGGAGGAGGAUUACAGUGAAAUUUGGCUACAAUUGUAGAUGGACUGAACAAGGGAAUACAUCUACAAAACCACAAAGUGACAUUAUGGCAAAGCCUGAGGGCUGUUCAUUAUUUGACAUGGCCUCGUGUCAGAUAAUACAGAACAGUCCUCACCCAGAGGUCUCUUCAACAUGCAUGGUGGAAACACUUGAUUUAAAACAUGCUUUUACCACAUUCUGUGUUCCCACUGUACAGAAUUUCACAUCUGCAUCAAGUCAAAUGGACAUUUUGGGUCAUGGUGGCACCUCUGUAGCUGCUCUGUCAAAAGCAAAGGCUUCUGAUCCUUCACUUCGGUUCCCCAACGAAAAAUCUCGCAGUGCGCUUUCCAGCCAAGACUCUCAGCGUUCACUUUCCCACUCUACCUCAGUGUGCAUCGAGUCAGCCCUGAUACCGGACUUAGCCACGCUCUCUCCGUCAUCAUCAGACUCUGACUGGGACUGUCACCUGCUGUCAAGGCUCGGCCCGACCUCAGCUGCACCUCAGUUGCACACUGAGCAGAGCUGUGAGCUGGACAAGGAACUCCUCCACAGGCCGUGCACCUGGAUGCACGACACCAGCUAUGAGUCACGUCUGCACACUGUCCUUCAGCCUGCAACUCCAGCGACGUCACUAUGUGGGGAGGAAAUGGACCCCUCAGUGUUUUCCAGGACUGUGGUACAGAUUGUUGAGGUUCAGCACUGAUGAUUAUUUUCUUUAUCAUUUGAAAGAACUGGAAGAACCACAACUGGGAGACGCAUAAAGCGCCUGGAGUAGCAAGUCUUUAACUAUUCAGCUGCGUAUCCCAACUCAAGAAACAGCAUAACGCGGCACGUAAGCUCUUCAAAAUAAGCCACUGAACUGUACACUGAAUAAAUAUUUAAAACUUGCUAACUAAAAUGUAAUGCUCAGAUGAUUUUAGACAUGCACAUUUUUUAUUCUUUAUUGUAGUAGAUGCAUAGUGGAUCCUGCAUCUUCCCAUCAAUUUAAAGAGCAUCCAUUACCAUUUUUACUCUCAACCCCUAUUUCUCCUUGUGCACAGAGCCCAGGCAAUAUUGUAUAUGUUGUGCUGACUGUGGUCUUUCAGAAGCAGCUAUGUCCGGGAACACAUGGUGGUACUGAGAAUUUAAUGAGGCUUUUCUGAAGGGGGCAUUACUCAAUUACUGUAAGUGCUGCGUCUGGAUCAGAUCCCGAUUUCACCGGCGUUGAUGGUCACACAGGCGAGGCGUUAGCGGAGUGGAAGACUCACACAACCUGUGAGGCAAACGGUCUGAUUAAUGUCAAACGGCUUUUUCUGCCUUUUGAAGUUGGGCCAGAGGACUAGCUUUGUCAAGAAGAGACAAGGGCUUCACAGCAGUGCACUGAAGCUAAGGGGAGGUUUAUUAUCUUCACUUGUCAGUUUUUGACUUACCAUUAAAGACUGCUUACCAUAGCAGACAAAACUCAAAACCUCAUGUUGCCUAUAAAUCACACCUCCUUCUGAAUGUAUUACAUGGACAUUCAAAACACAAGUGCAGAAUCCAACAAGCAAAGAAACAAUAGAUGAUUUCAGUAUGUGGAAGACGAGCAGUUCUCGUAGGAAAAUGUGAAGUCAAAUC